AACGCAUUAACGCGCGUAACGUUCGUAUCGGGAACUUUUAAAAUUCUUGAAAAAUAUUAGAGUGAUCUCCCUUUGUAUUUACCGGAACACAAUGGCACUCACACAAGAUCAACUUCGUAAAGCAAUAAAAGACAUACUGAAGGAUGCCGAUCUUGAUAGCUUGUCGGCAAAGAAAGUUAGACUUCAGUUGCAGAAGCAGUAUGACACAGACCUCUCAGAUAAAAGAAAAGUAAUAGAUCAGUUAGUGAUGGAACUUAUAGAAGAGAGUCAAGAUAGUCAAGAAAAUGAUGAUGAUCCAAGUUCUGAAGAGGAGGAGUUGGAAGAUGAACCACCUAAAAAGAAGCCAAAACCAACAAAGAAAGCUACGAUCACAAAGUCAAAGCCAAAACCACCACCAAAGAAAACUCCAGAGAAAGUGGUCACAACUAACAUGAGUGAUUCAUCUGAUGGGGAAGAUGACGAGGCAAUGGCUCAGAAAUUACAAGAAGAAUUAAACAGUGGUGGUAGAAGAACAAGAUCAAGAAAUACAAAGAAAAAAGAAAGAAAAACACCAGUUAAAAGAGAAAGGAAGGGUACAUCAGCGUAUAGUCGACCAUGUCUGUUGUCUCAAGAAUUAGCCGAUGUAAUGGGUGCAGAUAAGUUGGCAAGAAAUGAGGUUGUGAAGAAAAUGUGGCAGAUAAUUAAAGAAAGAAAUCUACAAGAUCCCAAAAAUAGACAGUUUAUGCUCUGUGAUGAACAAUUAUUACCCAUAUUUGGCAAAAAGAAAGUCAAGACAUUUGGAAUGAUGAAAUACCUGAAAAAUCACAUAAAAGAUGCAAAAGAUGUAACGAGUUGAUAAAAGAUCUAAAGAAGUAUGUCAUACAUUUUAUCAUUACCAUGGAAACCAUUAGUCACAGCAUUUCAAAUAUUGUGUUCAUUGUUAAACUGUUUGUCCUGAGAACACUCUAGAUAUUGAACUUAUUUUUUGUCACAAUUGAAUGUGGAUAAAUCACAUGUGUGUCAUGUGAUUGAUGAUAUCAAACAUUUUAUAUAGGUGCAGCUGUUAAUAUGGAUUUUGAAAGGUUAUAGUUCACAAAGAUAUUUACAAAUGUAUGAUAUUUAUAAGCUUUGUAAAAAUGUUUAUAUAUUUACAUGUUUGUCUACUGAAUGGUGUCAUGUGUAUGAAGUCAUUCAACCAUAACAAAAGCUUAGAUGUUCAUAUUUUAGGUACAAAUUAAUAUGCAAGCAAAAAUUAAAUCAAAAA